UUUUUGUAUGCGUGAUACAGAAUCAGCUAUGUUGGUUGAGGUCUUUCGUGAGACCUGGGAGUAAACAUUCAUCAUACCUUCAAGCAAGAGGCUGAGCGGAAGGAUCUAUUUACUCUUUGUUGGAGUCGUCAGUGCGCAACAGCAGGCAUUGAAGAAAUAAAUGGUGAUUAUCCUCCUCAAAUACUGGUUUGACUUGUGUCCCUACCAAUCAAAAGUUUCAUCAUAUAUCGUACCAUAUUCUUGCAUAUCGGUCCGCCGAAAGGUAUUUGCACACCAGUGAGUGGCUCUAUUUUCUCUUCAUUUUCCCUUCAUUCUCCGCGAUGGCAAUCGGGGGUUCUCGCGAUUUAAAGACUACCAAACCACUUCUCGCUCCACCAAAUGACGAACAUUAUCCUCGACCACGAGUGAGGUCGGGAGAUUUAUGUGUCGGUUGUAUUGUUUGGUUGCCCUUGGACGGGUAUGAUAAGAAUAUCACAUGCUGUAAGAGGAAAUGCUGUGGAAAAGGUCUUGCAGAAGAUGGAUACAACAAUGCCGUUGCCGUUCUCAAAAUUCGGCAAAGAAAAGGCUCAAGUAUACGAGGAGAUACUAUUUGUUAUGUUGCUACUGUACGUUAUCUUUGUCCUGUUCAUUAAUAUUAUACUGAUCAGCGACAGAUUACCACGUUCGGUGACACGAAUUUGGAGAACUAUUUAGCAAAAUGUCCACACAAUUCUGAGUUUCAAAAAUCUUUACCCAUUAGCCCUGUUGAUCAGGAUAGCUGCGUCGAAAGCACACCGUCAUGGCUUCUUCGCCUGCAAAAGGGUGCCCUCAAGAAACAAUCCUAUGUGAAUCUUGCUCACGUCUUUAAAGUUCCUGCCGGCAGCCUAUCUACCUUUGGUUUCCGCAAUCACCGAGCUUACAAACUCCGUCUGUCAGCUACGAGUUAUAACAUAUUAAUGGCGGAAAUGGGCCUACGGAAUGAACCUUACGUAGAGACAGCGUCGCUCUACAAGACUGCACGGGCUCGUCUAGAAGCACUUGCUUCCCAAAAUCGACAAAUUCCGACCACGAUACCAAAAACAGCAAAAGUAACAUUCACAAUCCAAGAAGAAAUAGAUCUUGAAAAGAAGAGAUAUCCCACUACACCAUUCCCGGUCGCCGAGCCCGAUUGUCCUCAUCCGAAAACUGCUCCUACAUCUUCCCCUCUCCCAUUAGGACAACGAAGAAACGUCCGGUUCACUCUGAACGAAAUACCAAAAUCAAAAAGCUUUCUCAACGUGCCGCAGGUAGGCAAUUAUGGCACGAUCAAUAAUCAACAACUGCUUACUCCUUACCCCACUGCGCCCCCCACCCCACUCACGGCACGCUAUCAUUCUUUCAGACCAUUUGUGGAUCAUGGUUGGAGACAUGUCGCUUUGAGAUUCUUAGUUGGAUGUUUCAGUUUAGGGACAGUUUUUGGUGCGUUCAAGAUGAUGUGGUCAGGGAAGUUAUUCCCUGCUGGUUUGUGAUGGCAUAUAGUGUGUUUAUGAGUGGGAUUGGUGUUCGGAUAUCUAUUUUUGUCUAGUGGUAAGUAUUUACAGGAAAGCUGGAUCUGGCGUGGAUUGGAAAAGGUACUCGAAUUACUGUUGGCCAUUGUAUAGGCUUUUUGCGAAUUGUAUUUGAACCAUGUUACAAAUUUAUAUGUGGAACUGUUAUGUGUGAUGAUCAAAUGAGAGGAAAUGCUAUUCUUCGCUCUAACUGCAGGACGACGACCUAAAAAAAAGCCCGCCAUCUUCCGCGGAAAAGUAUAUCAUGAGGUUAGGCUAACACGGCCUACAAUCGCACUAUAUGCCGCACUUCUACUAAAAGCCUCCUACUGCUUUAUCCUUAAUUUCUCAC